AUGCCUUCCAGACUCACCAAGACCCGCAAGCAGUACGUUCCUCUCCAUCAUCAGCACUCGCGAACGGCCGCCCAGCAAUGCGCCGCCCACGACAGCAGAAUAUUUCGAACAUGGAAACUUCUACUAAUACUUCUACCAUCACAGCCGCGGUCACGUUUCGGCCGGUCAUGGUCGUGUCGGCAAGCACAGGAAGCAUCCCGGUGGUCGUGGUAUGGCCGGUGGUCAGCACCACCACCGCACCAAUCUCGACAAGUACCAUCCAGGUUACUUUGGAAAGGUUGGAAUGAGAUACUUCCACAAGCUCCAGAACCAGUUCUGGAAGCCCGUCAUCAACCUCGACAAGGUGCGUAUUCUAACAAUAUGCUUGAGCAAUCAGUGGUGGAUGAGCUGACAUGGGAUCAUUGGUAACAGCUCUGGUCGCUCGUCCCACAAGAGCAGCGCGAGAAGUACCUCGCUGGCGGCAAGACCGACACUGCCCCAGUCCUCGAUCUCCUCCCUCUCGGCUACAGCAAGGUCCUUGGUAAGGGUCGCAUCCCCGAGAUCCCACUCAUCGUCCGCGCCCGCUACUUCUCCAAGGACGCCGAGCGCAAGAUCAAGGAGGCUGGUGGCGUCGUCCAGCUCGUUGCCUAA